AUGAACGACGAGCACACUCGCUGCAUGACUGGCCAGUACACCAAGGACCUGUCGCGCAAGGUCAUCUCCGACCAUUUUGGCCGCAACAAGGCGUGUACCCGCGACGUCACCGACUGGCCUCUCUUCUGCCGCAAGCACUACCAGCGCGCGACCUACAACAAGACCAAGUGGCAGAUCCGCAAAGUGCAGCUCAUCCUGCGCCAGUUCGAGGUCAUCGAGAAGCAGUUCCCAGGCACCACCUACGACAUCGCCUUCAAGAAGUCCGAGGAAGCGCGUCUAAACCACUACUCCCGUCAAGUCGCCGCCGGAGCCAAAAACGACCAAGCUGAGAAGAGUGUGCACCCCAAGAUUGGCAAGCACUUCGAGGCGCCCAUCGACGUCCUGCGCGAGCUAGACCAGUGGCUCGGCUUCAACAAGACGUACGCAGAAGUCAAGAAGAUCGUCGACGUCAUCCUCCAGAUGCUCGAGGAGAAGGAGACUGAACAAGUCCCCUCCAUCGAGUUCCUGCCCAAGCUCCCAGGCAAGACCCCGUCACCCAAGAAGACCCCAGCCAAGGCCCGCACACCUAAGUCGCCCAAGUCACCAAAGUCGCCCGCCAAGUCGCCCAAGACACCUACCCGUGUCUCCAACAAAGGCUCCGUCAAGAAGACUUCAGCAAAGGCUUAG